ACUCAGCCUGUAACGUUUUAUUUCCUGUGUUGCUCGCUUCUCUUUGACAAACGAGGGAAAGUUCAAACGAAACUCCUCCAGCUUUUUCACCAAACACCGAUGUGAUGUGUGGUUAAAAUGUAUCAGCCGCCCUCUUUACUCGAGAAGUGGAUUCAGGAGAACAACGAGUUGGUAAAUAAGUGUAAGCAGCAGGAGGCAGGUGGAGGUGUCGUGAGCCGAGACCACAGCCAGUCCAGCCUGAGGUGGUGUUCCUCUGAAUUUCACAAACUUUUGAGGAAAAUCCAAGGUAUCCCUCCUCAUGUAGAUCACACACAGCUGGAGUUGGCAGUGGUGUGCAAUACGUGUGUAUGCUUUACUGCUCAGUCUCAAUUUUCAGAAGCUGAGCUGCUCCUCAAAGAAGCCACAGAGCGAGUGUUACAGAUGACAGGAAAUAACGCUGAUACGUCUGAUCCACUUGUGUUGUGGAGAGCAGUGCUUAAAUCAGCGGGAAACACAGCUUUGCAUCCUCAUGUUUUGUACCUUCUCUGUCUGCAGUGGGCACUAUGGCUGGCCAAAUGCCAGCUAGAAAAUAUAGGGGAAUUACAGGAGGAGAUGACUUCUCUUUGUGAGACAGUAUGUGAUGGAGUUGGGGAUGGCAGUCCAAGCGAGGCAAAAAGAAGGUUGGCAAAGAGUCCUCUGUUGGUAAUGGACCCGAAAAGGCUUACCGAAUUAUUACAGAUCUGCACUUCCAUUGCUCAAGGUGCAGAAAAGCUGAAUGAGGGUCGGAGUUCAGAAGCGUUGUCUGAUCUACAGGCGGCUUCCGCAAUGCCAGCUACCAGGGCUCUAGUGGCAUAUACACACUUUCUUUCAGGCUCCUGCCUCGCUCAUAUGAACCGCCCACAGAUGGCACUGCAGUGUUACAAGAAGGCACUCGAGACAGACUCCCGUUGUGUGUGUGCUCUGUACCGAAGCAUGCUCAUCUAUAGACAGCUGGGAAACACACAGGCUGAGAUACAGGCUCUUCGCCUACUGCACUCAACUUUGAUGUUGCCCCCUGCUUCAGAGCCUGUUUUGGGAGGUAUCCAUCCCAUCUCUCCAUCCUUACUCCUCAGUAGCCAAUCACUAAGCAGGCUGUUUUCAGUCCCGUCUGCCCUAAGUGUCCUUUACAGCCUUGCCCUCAAGUGUGUGCUCAGUGGCAGGGUUACUGAGGGUGUUGAACAUUAUCUGGAUCUGCUGGCUGCUCUUCACUCAGAGGAUCAACAUGCAGUGGAUGCUGAGGUUUCUGUCCUCCCCAGGAUGCUGGAACUUUACCUGGAGGCUGGCACUGCCUUGCUCAUUACCCGGCGUCCUGCAGAUUGCAUGGCGCUCUGCAAUGAAGUCAUCAGCACGACACUGGAGCUGGUGCCAGAGAAAGUGGUGUUGGAAGAGCCAGAGGAAAGAAUUGGAGGAGACGCGAGGGGUCUGAGUGUGGAGGGUGAAGAUAAGGUGGCGAUGCUCCUCUGGGCCGCAGCUGCCUACCUCCUCCAGGGUCACUGCCACGCUCACUUGAAGGACUGGAAACAAGCUGUGACUCAUUACACGAGGUGCAUCAACCUGGUGGUGAAGGUGCGUUUAAAAAACAGAGAUUUCCAACCACAGAUCCCUGCUGCAGAUGUGAAUGUUAAGCAUGGGAAAGAUCUGUGUGCCCUGCAAAGAAUGAAGGGGCUUUCACUAGCAUGGAGGGGUAUCAGCUUCACCCAGAUGGACCAGCUGAGAGAGGCGCUGAGGGACCUCCAGCUCAGCCUGCAGGCCUUCCCAGAUUAUACAGGAGCCGGGCUGUGGUGCGGUGAGGUGCUAUGGAGGCUUGGCAGGAAGCAUGAGGCAGCAGCUUGCUGGGAAAAGACGUGGAGCCUCACGACUCAAACCUCAGUGGAAAAACUGCCUUUGUACCUACAGGAUCCUCAGUCUGGCCCUUUGUUGGACUCUGUGGAGUUGCGGCUUAGAAUACAGGAACUUGGCCUUACCUAAUCAGACUGGAGACAAAAGAAGAAUUUCUUGUGAAUAAUGAGCUGGAUCGACUUUGCUGUGGGUUUCAUUUCACCAACAUACAAACAUGGACCUACAGGGACAAUAAAAUAAAGCUGACUGUAAGCAUUUGAAACUAAGGAUGGGCACCGUGUAUGUGUGUUGUAUGCAUGAAAUGAUGGAAGAUUAGUGGAUGCAUUGUUUGGAGUCGCUGAACUGGCUUUAAGAAGGAAAAGUCUGGUGAGGUGAUCUAGCCAAUAAAGUUCUCUCUACAUCAGCAAACCUUUAAUAUGCUGUGCAUGCACUGUCAGCUGAAUUUUUAAACACGGUUAAGCAAAAAAAACAAAACAAUGAGCUACACUGCAGUCUCCCCUCCACACACCAUACAGGGAAAAGUAUCCGUCACGCUAGUUCCUCCAGUACAAUACUCAGCUUGGUUACCAUACUACACUCUAGCUGACAACUGUUCCAUCAGCUUCUCCAUUAAGAUAAACUGGACAUUGUUCACUACAUGAUGGACUGCCUUGAUAAAAGAUGUAUACCAUAUAUCAGACUGUGUGAUGGCUGGUGUUAAAAAAGUUUGGAAUGAAAGAUGGUGUUGUGGAUGGGAUAGCCAACAAUCCAUUAAGGGAACAUAAUUUACUUAGGAUGUCUUUAAUCACAUUUCAAGCUACAAAAAUGUAUUGCUAUCUAGCAUUUUGUUUCAAUUUUUUUUAAUUUGAAUAAAUGAAGUAUAUCAUGUUGUUUUUCUUGGAUAAAAUACAUUAUUUACCUCUAAA